UGUGAGGACCUAAUGCCCGCGUACACACAAAGCCCAUGGGCCUGCCCAUGUAGAGCCGAUAGCAUACGAUUAUAUCUUUACCAUUAACGUAAGAGGGAUAGGCUUAUACUACGAACGUACCCGAAAGGUAUGCAUGCUUCUCUCAUCAGGUUCUAAAGGCAAGGACAAGGCAAAAGAGACGCAGAAAACUUUUCUCACGGCUACACAUGUCCUCUACACGCGUUGUCUAUGCGUCUCGUUCGGUAUCACAUCGGCAUACGGCAGAAAGGCAUAACGCAAACGGAAUUCAAACAAAACCAACAGAAAAAUGAAACCGUUUAAGCUGAUUGUCAUCUUCAUGAUUUUAUCAUUCUGCAUCAAUGCGCAUGCAGCAAAUAUUCAAGCCAAGAAUGAAGCUGAAAAUGACACAAUAAGUCUCACCGUCGACUCGAUUUAUAUUCCCUUGUUUACCAAGAUUCCAUCAGCGCCCAUCGCACUCAAUGAAACAUACGACCAAUUCAAUACAGCAAUAGCCGAACUUGAGGCAAAUACGAAUUUAAAUGAUGGAACAAAUAUUAUAUUUGAUCUCGCUCUAGAUAAUGAUGCGACAGCUAACAUACAAAAUACAUUUAUCUUAGAGCAGGUCAAUAACACCGCAUACAUAAAGCUAGGAGGCAAACUUGACUAUGAAAAGGUGCAAGAAUAUAGAAUCACGGUACGAGCAGUUAAUGUAAAGGGCUUGAAGGCAGAAGCAGUGGUUCUAAUCAAGAUCCUGGACGAGAACGAUAAUAUUCCAGAGAUCACAGGAAACCUUAAUGGAGCUAUACUGGAGCACGAGCCAGUAGGCACGUUCGUAAUGCAAGUAAAGGCACAUGAUAAUGACGGGACAUCGGCCCACAACAUCGUAUCGUAUCGGCUCGAAGGAACUGCUCGACAGUAUUUCCACAUUGACAGUAAAACUGGCAACAUUACGUCAUUGGUGGAGUUCGAUCGUGAGGCGAAAGAUAUUUAUCCUGUAACUGUGGUUGCCGAAGAUAACUCACCGUCCGUGCUGUUCAAUAAUGGAAAGCCAAACAGUGCGGUAAAACAGUUGUUUAUAAGAGUUUUGGACAAAAACGAUCAUCCACCACGGUUCGAGGAACAAUACUACGAGGUGAACAACAUACCAGAAGACGCUGACAUCAAUACAAGUGUUAUCAAGGUGAAAGCAACGGAUCUGGACAAAGAUCCCAAGAUUAAAUACAGCAUUAUAGAGAAUAACAUUGGAAAGGCGUUUAUGAUCGAUGAGGACACCGGUCUUAUUUCAGUUAACAAAAAGCUCGACUAUGAAUCGAUUCAAGAAUACGAUUUAGUCGUGCAGGCCUAUGACGGCCGUUUUAAAAGCACAACCAACGUAUGGAUUCAAAUAAAAAAUCUGAAUGACAUUGCACCGCAAAUUUUGACCUUAACAAACGUCACGAUCAAGGAAAACACCAUUCCUUUGGAUUGUAUUGCAAAUUUGUGGGCCUAUGAUCCAGACAUCGAGAAUUUUGAGUACCCACAAAACAUACAAUAUGCACUUCCCAAAGAACACCAGCACCUCUUAAGCAUCGACGACAAAGGAUGUCUUAAACUGCUCCAGCCUCUUGAUCGUGAUCCUCCACAUGGGCAAGAAGUGAUACAAAUCAAUAUUACCAUUACAGAUGAAAACGGUAAGGGAAGAACGGCGAUGGAAACAGUUUACAUCUUCGUUGAAGACAUUAACGACAACGCGCCCCAGCUUACCAAUAGAAUGCCAGUUCUGUGGAGCGAGAACCGCUCUUCAGCCAUGAUCACGAAGCUGACUGCAGAAGACGCUGAUGGAGAGCACAAUGGUCCGCCGUUCUUCUACAGCGUCGAUCCCGACGCCCCAACCGAGAUCAAAAAUCGCUUCCAGACUGUAGGUGAUGAGCUCUAUUCAUUGGUGGAGUUUGAUCGGGAGCAGCAGAAGCAAUACUUGGUACCGAUAUUGAUUCGAGACUCGGGUCACAAACCGAUGAGCGCCGUCAGCAAACUGUUGGUGGUGAUUGGUGAUAAAAAUGACAACGAAAUGCAAAUGGGCCAGAGCCACAUUCUCGUCAACAAUUACGAAGGCAAGCUAGCAGAUACGCAGAUAGGUCGAGUGUAUGUCAGCGAUCCAGAUGAUUGGGAUUUAUCAGACAAGAUGUUCCUUUGGGAUGAGAUGACGCCCGAGACGAAUAGGAAGCUCUUCAAACUCAACAUCAACACCGGUACCAUCACGAUGAUAAAAGGCACACCCGAAGGAAUAUACAAUCUAGAGUUCACAGUGAUUGAAGAAUCAUCCUAUUUUCCACGGCACAACGUAUCUGCUCGAGUGACGGUGACAGUGAAGAACAUCUCGGCGAAAACAGUCAACCAGAGUGCAUCGAUUCGCUUCUACAAUGUAACUGCUGAGAGAUUCAUAUCUCAGACACUGAGUGAGCUCUACACACCCAUGAAUCGACUUCAGCAAAGCAUUGCAAGCAUUCUGGAUACCAGCCCAGAUCAGGUGGACAUAUUCACGAUCAACAAUCGUAAGCUUGCCCGGGGUGCAUUCUUGGACGUGUUCUUUGCAGUAGAUGAUACUAUUUACACAUCGUCAGAGGUCUUAAAUUCAGUGUUAAGUUUGCAUCUACGCCAAUUGGAGGAAGACGUCGGGUAUCGGAUUGUGACGGUUGGUAUCGAUGAGUGCAUCGAGAAAGGACAUACAUGUACACAGACAUGCAAGAACAAGGUCCUUAAAACAGCAAAACCAAUCGUAGUGCACACCAACACUAGCUCGUUUGUGGGAAUGACCACAUUGGUGCAAGCAGAAUGCAUCCCACAGAUAGAAUCUUCGCUAGUAGCAUGCUUCAACGGUGGCACUUUCCAGAAUGGUAAAUGUAAUUGUCCCAUGGGGUUCGAAGGUUCCCUGUGUGAGAAAUUGGACAUCUGUUUUGAUGGAAGUGGGUAUGCAAUCUAUCCAUCGAUCAACAGUGGCAACGUAAACAACAUCAGCAUUGAGUUAUUGCCCCGACAUAAAGACGGGUUGGUAUUCUACAUGGGUCCUCUGAAGUAUGACCCAUCUUUGAAGACAUCACCUUUUCUGGCAUUAGAAAUCAACGAUGGUAUGUUGGUCUUACUAUUGGAUUAUGGAACUGGGACGAGCCGUUUCGAGCAUCAACAAAUAGUUUUACACGAGAUUAUUAAAGUUCAGGUUAUUUUACAGCCAUAUAGGAUUGAGAUAAAAACAGUGACCAAUAAGAUGGUGAGCAGUAGGAGUCAUUAUGAAAAUAAGGAUUGGAGCGGGUUUCUUACAGGUAAUGUGUCUCUUCAACUAGGAGUUUCAUCAAUUAGUCUCGAUAAGCUGGGAUCGCUAUACAGCUGGAAAUAUGUACCAUUUACGAAGAGUUUUGAUGGUUGUCUACGCAAUCUUACAAUAAACGGGCGCACGAUAGACUUUACCCAAACGAGUCAAAAACAUAAUAUUUUAUUCAUUUCCCAGGGAUUCACAGCAAUAGGUGAACAAAUUUUGUUGGUAUCGAUUGUAACUUCAAGUAUAGCGAUAAUGGCGAUGUCGAUAGUAAUCGUUAUACGAUUAAAGGACUACUUACAAUCAUGGAUUGAGAUAUUAAUCAGAAAACUGCAAACAAAAUCAAUUGACACGAUGGUAGAAUUGCAUCCUGCACCUGAACAAUUACCAUCUUUUACCGAAGUCGAUGAAAGAUGUGUCGGAUUGUUGAGUGGUAUGUCAACUCAUUAAAUCAAUUUUGAUAUUUUCUAGUGGUUCCAUAAUCUCUUAGCUAGAGUAGCAAUAUCUUUUAAUUUUAUAGUAUAACAGUGACCGUUCGACAUCAUAGGACAGAGAGACAGAAAAUAAGUUGAACAAAAUAUUAGAUCAUCAAAGGAUAAUCACUUUAGCUAGUUCGUACUAAUUUUAAGAUAAUUAUCUUGUAAAAAUAAUACUUUUAACUUUUUAUAUGUAGAAAUGUAAAUCAAAAAUAAAGGGUUGGUAGGUUGAGAGUAUACAGAUCUCGGUCCAAUGCUCUUUUCCAUACACCUUCCCAUUUUUUUUGAAGUUCUUACAUUUCUCAACCGAUAAUCUCUAUCAGGCUAGUUUAGCAAUCUCACAUUCUGCUGCUACCUCAUUAAUACUUCGUAACAUAAAUGAUUUAACAAUAUAUUGAAUACUAUAAGCAUAAUACAAUCCAACAUUCGGUAACUGCUUGUCGUGUCUAAUUACUAGUUGAAAACCCACGUUACCAGUAAGAAACCCACUCCAUUUCCUCAUUUCAUAACGAUUUUCUUAAACGACCAAUGAUAAUAAUAGCAUUGCUAUUCUAUCACGCAUCCACCAAGGACGCUACGUGACACACAAGUUCACACUGUCAGAAAAAACGCCGGAGUAAAAUCAUAACAACUAUUCAUUGGAUUUCUUCUUGGGUCAUCAUGAUUAUGACAUGUUUAUGCACGUCGCUGAAAUAAAAUUAAUUUAACAUUUUUCUUAUAUUUUUUAGCAAACAACCCCAUGGCGAUUACCAUCAAGGCAUAUACUAGUAGCAAUCAAUUUUGCUACAAAUAAUAUUUAGUACUAUUUUUUCAGGAUCUUCUGUUUCAACAACUGCUGUAAUUGGUGGAUACAUGCCUCCGUCUAUAAACUCAAGCCUCUGAGCUGUGGCUCAAGUCAAAUCCAUCAGUCGCCCAAACGAGAUUGAUGUCCAAAAGAUGCAUGGUAUUAAGGGGUCAUGUACGAAUGAAGAAACAUAAAUAAGGGUAACUUUUGAAACUUUUCUAAGGAGAAAGGAGCUAAUUGAAGGAAUGUUUAAAAACAAAAUUUAUUUUUUUAUGACGAUGAACUAACCUCCCCCCGCCAUUUAGUAUUUUUUAUCAUUCUUGGUAUUUUGGGCGACCCCGUGGUAAAGUUCAACUCGAGUGACUCGAAAGCAUGCACGUUAUUGGUUCAAGCCUUGAAUGGACCGUCCCCCCCCCCCCCCCCCCUAGCAAGGACUGACUAUCUGGCUGCGUGGGACCCGAAUAAGUCUCGAAAGCCGUUUGCAGGCAGGCAUGUGCGUGUAGGAAGUUAUGCGAAAAAGAAGAAGAAAGUGAUUAAAAAUUAAAUUUAAUAUUUUUUUCUCAGGGUUUUGCAAGUCAUAAUUAAAUGUGGGGCGGUCCCGUAGUACAUGGGUUCAAGCCUAGAAUGGACCGUCCCCCCGUAGCAAGGAUUAACUAUCCGGCUGCGUGGUAAUGAAUUAAGUCUCGAAAGCCUGUAUAGGCCAGCAUGUCCGCGUAGGACGUUACGCCAAAUAGAAGAAGAAAUUUCUGUUUUCACUGCCAGUGCAUUUUCACAAGCUAUAAAUUCAUUCUGGCUGUUAAACGUUGAUUUUUUCGCGAUACCUUAGCUAUUUUAACAGGUUCUAUAUCAUAUAUUAUCAAAUGGUCUGGAUUCGUUUUUGUUAUAUUUAAACACGGACUGUGGUUGAUAAUAUUGUUUAUGCAUUUGAUCGUGAUACUAAACAAUAUAUUUCAAAAAUAAUAUUAUUUUAUGGAAAAAGCACUGAGCACUUGCUCAAGAAAAUAAUUUUGAAAAUUCAUUUUCCGUCUGUAUAGCUACGCUGCGAUGAAAAAUUAAACGCUUUACAGUCGGAGUGAAUCUGGAGCUAGUGAAAAUGGUUUGAUGACAUUUAAUUCUGACUUGUAAACCCUGUAAUACAGGAAGGUUACUCUCCUAUUGAACUUCGAUUGUAUGAUUCUACGGAGGGCGAGCGUUACAGAACGUAUGACCCCUAAGACUUGCAUUUAACAGAUAUACCUACAUUCUAAAGAUAUAAAUUAAUGAUUAAGGUUUUUUAUCACUUGGCAAAACCAUAUUUUUGAUAAGGUACUAUAUUUGAUCGUUUCAUAAUAUAAUGAAGAUUUUAGCUGAAUGAUGAAAAGUUUGAAACAGCAUUGCAUGCACAAAAGUGCAAUGUAAUGCAAUUGUACAUAAUUAUUAUGAAUAUUUCAUAGUCUUUUACAAUAAGUUUUUUUCCUAUGGAAAAGAAGUAAUCAAAAGUGUUGAUUAAACAGCACAUGAACACAAUGCACAUGUGUAUGCACGUUGAACGUCUCAAUAAGAAAAUAGUUGACAAUGUAUUUCUACAAUGAUCAUGUAUACACUCUCAAUAUUUUUAAAAUAACAUUCGAUUUGAUACUAAAAACUGGCUGAGGUACUUUACAUAUUAUUCUGUAUGACGAAAAUGAGCCAGAAUAAUCUUGUGCAGCUUCUACAGGCUUUGCUUUAACCCCCUCUGCCUUACAAACAACUUAAUAUUAUAAUAUUAAUAACUUAAUAAUGAUGAUGUUUUUUGUUGUUAAUUAACUUUAAAGUUAGCUUUGAAACAAGAAAAAAAUAACAGUGAGAGUCUUCAUAGAUUCGAGACACGCGCGCGUAUAGUGAACUUUGAAUAAAUGCCUGAACAAGAUAUAAUAGGAAAUUGUUUGCUCGGAUUCUUUAGUCAAGUUCUUGUAUAUUAUAUAAACUAAUUUUUCAUUACUAAAAAUAACAAUGAUACACACAAAACAUCAAACGAUAGCUCCGACUCUCUCGAAUCUAUGAAGGGGAAAGGGUGGGACCAUCA